AUGGUAAAAGUCCCGAAUCUCUUCCUCAGCGAUGAGGAAAUGGGCAAGAAAGAUGAUGAUCACCGGACGGCCCGGAAACGUCUAGGCGCCGCACGGGCACCUUCAAGCCAGCGCGUCCUCCUGCAACCCCGAAGAGCCCUCAAGCGUCUUGCGCUCUUGGUUCUCGCCGUGUUCUUGGUCUACCAGUUUGUCGUCAACAUCCCGACGGACGUCCCCAUCAGGGAUCGCCGUCGACCCAACUAUUGGAAUCCGGAUGCUGGCCCUAGGAAUGAUGCACGGAAACGGCCACCGCCGGCCGUCGCUCCGGGACCAAGGGGCACCCCAGGGAUGGCGCCCGCGCAGCCCGCACAGCCUGCUGCACAGGAGGCACAGCAGGCCGACGUCUUGAGCGACCAUGACAUCAAGUUUCCUUCCCUCGGCGCCUCUCUCUACGCCAUUGCAGAGACGGGGGGCUUCUACAAGGCGAACAAGAAUGUCUUGUUUGCUGCAUCGAGUCUCAAAAGCGUUGCCAAUCUUCUUCCCUUCGCUUGUCAAAUGGGCCAGGAGUUACGAAACUAUGUUCAUUUUGUGCUGAUGAGCAGGAGUGGCAUUGAUCUCUCGCAGCUGAAAGCUAUAAACGGCAUUGACAAGUCUUGUCGUAUUAUAUUUCACGAUGCUCGAGCUGAUAAUUCGGCAAAGUCUACCGAUGACCGGCUGGCAGAAGCUGUCAAAAAAGCAGUUUCUCAUAUCACCCACUACAUGAACCCGCAAGUCAUCAUCGUCGACAACUACGCAACCGAGGAGACAUACUUCAUGGAUGCUAUGAAGAACCACUUCAAAACCCAGCAGACUACGUUGAUCGAAAUGCCAUCAAAUGGAUUAGAAAAGCUGUCCUGGAUGACGAAACUAGACAGCGCAUCUCUUGCCGCCUGGAACAAAGUUACCAUCGACAUUCUUAUACAUGUAACGCCCGGGCCAUCCAGCAGUCUCGCCAGAUUACUCAAAUCACUCGGCUCUGCAGACUAUAGCUCGUCCCACGUUCCUCACAUAACCAUAGACUUGCCUUAUAAGGUCGAUCCCGAAACUGCAGGGUUGCUGCAUAAAUUCGUCUGGCCUCCGGGGCCUGCCGCCGGAGUCAAUUCACCUCGCCAGGUUUCAGUUAGACAUCGCAUUACAAGGAAGGCAUUGAAAGAGGACGAGAGCUCGGUUAGAUUUCUUGAAUCGUUUUGGCCCACGCGGCCUACACACUCGCACGUUCUGCUCCUCUCACCUGAGGCUGAGCUCUCGUCUAAUUUCUUCCACUACCUCAAGUAUACAGUCUUGGAGUACAGGUAUUCCAACGCUGCCGCUCUCGAGGAGUCGGAGAGCCGUCUUUUCGGCAUCAGUCUGGUAUCGCCGGACGUAAAUUUGGACGGAUCAGGCCCGUUCAUACCGCCACCUGUUGUUGACACCGCAUCACCAGGAACCUCGUCCUCGCUCCUCUGGCAAGCCCCAAAUAACCACGCCAUGCUCAUAUUCGGCAGCAAAUGGGUCGAGCUUCACGGGCUCGUGUCUCAGGUGCUUGAAGUACAAGAACGCACCAGCAGAGAAGAUGUUCCAAAGCUGCUGUCUCAAAAGGACAUCAGCACCCAGUUCCCCGCGUGGCUAGAACACGCGCUCCGUCUCUGCCGCGCACGAAACUAUUUCACGUUCUACCCUAGCCCUGCGUCAUCUCCAAAGAUAGCCACAGUCCACACCGAAUUGCAGCGGCCUCCCGAGGAGUACAAAGACCAGCAACACGUAAAAGAUCAAAGAAUUGGCAACGAUGAGGCCGUGAUCCUAUCUCGAGGUCCUCUGCUUGAUACAAUGUUGAAAGGCGGUGCCUUACCCCCGCUUUACGAAUUGCCGACAGUUUCGUGGGACGGAGAGGCGGUGGGUAUUGAAGAACAUGAGGCACGCUCCUUGAAAUACAUUACCGAGUUUCGAAGGACUGUGGGUGGUUGUGAGAAAGAGAAGGUGGCUGAUCUCGGAGCAGACUUGUUUUGCGCAAAACCUAAGAAAAGAUGA